UUUCUUCCCAGAUUUAUUCACUGCCGUGUUAAACGUGCUGUAUCGAUUAAUACCUCACCUAUGUGUGUAUGUAUGUAUGUAUGUAUGUAUACAGGCGAUCAUAGUCUUUUAUCUCACGCUCCCCCCCUCUCUCAUUCUCUCAUUCCGUCAGAUAUAUGCAGCUGAACUCUAUUUUAUCUGUGUAGGUAUGUAUCUAGGGAUCGGAAAGCCCUGCUACGUGUAUCAACCCUAUCGACCACUUCACUCACUCACGAGGAAGAGGCGUAUGUACGUAACUGCAGAUGAUAAUAAUAAAACUUGACGUCAGAAGCGAGAAGCCGAUGAUAAAUUUGGGAAUGAGAUCAGAGACGCACACACACACACACACUGCUGAGUCGCCCAUCUAUUUGUUUGUUUGGAACCUUGGUGUGCUGGACAUACUCAUGUCUCUGUGUGUGAGAGAGUGUGUGUGUGGAGGUUAUCGGAGAUGGUGUGUGUGUAUGAAACAACGAGACGGACUGCCCAUGAAACAUAAACAUCAAACAACAAAAGCGGGCGGUGUCACGACUCCGGCUCAUGACCCCGACUCCGUUCGUAUGUAUGCACGCAUACUGGAAUCGUGA